AUGCGAGGCCCCGUGGUGCGCUGCCUGGCCGCUGCUCCACACCUUGGGGACAAUAAGGGCAGACACCUCACUGGUACCUUCUUUCUCACCGAUGAUAACAUGGAAGGGAUCAUACAGUGGUUGGCUAAAGUUAAAGAAUGGCGGGACAACUAUCAAGCGAUUAAAGAAAAAAUGACAGGUCAAAAACAAAAAGGAAAGAUUGACAAAAGAAAGCAGACCAACGCUCAAGGCAAAAGAAAGUCAGGGGAAACACCUGAGGUUAGUGACGUGAAGAGGAAAAGAGAAGGAGAUAUGGAAGUGGAAGAGAUUGGGACAAAACGACGUCAUGAUGAUGAUGAUGAAGGUAGUUCAUUAUUAUUUUCGUUGCAACCUAGACGGACACAGCUCAGCAGUUUCAUGCCCAGCGUGCUUCAAAAGGCAUCGACAAGUAAUAGCAAUGGCUCAGCCAAUGGCGAUAAACGACCGCUCUCUAAUCACGACUUUAGAAAUCUUCUGCUCAAAAAGUAA